AUGGGCCAAGAAUACUCCGUCCCAAAGCCCAACACCAAAUUCCAAGUCAUCGGUGCCGGCCUCCCCCGCACCGGGACAGCCUCAUUCUCCGCCGCCCUUGAAAUCCUCCUCGCCGGCCCGGUCUACCACGGCGGCACGCAGCUCACCCUCGGGCCAGAAUAUGAAGUCAAGACCUGGCUCCGCGCGGCAUCCCUAUGGCCGCCGUCCAACGACUCCGCCCGAGACGAAAUCAAGGCCCUCAUCGCCAGUCGCCUAGAUGGCUUUGUUGCCACGACCGAUUGUCCCGGCACCAUGUACAUUCCGGAACUGGUGGAUUUGUACCCGGAUGCCAAAGUGAUUUGUACGGUUCGUGACGAGGAGUCGUGGGAGAAGAGCAUGGCGGUGGUGUCCACGGCAGCAACCAAGUGGUUCAUGAGGGCUCUAUUUCUACCGAUGCCAUCGUUGAGAUACUUUCCAGCGUAUAUCGACACAUUGAGGGAUAUCUGGGUCGCGCUGUAUGGCGAGACGGAACCGGUGUCGAAGCUCACGUAUCAACGACACAUGAGGUGGUUGAAGGAGGUCGUCCCGAAGGACAGACUGGUGUUUUUUGACGUGAGGGAUGGAUGGGGUCCGCUUUGUGAGGCUCUGGGGGUGGAUGUGCCUGAUGUGCCGUUUCCGAGGGUGAAUGACGGCGAGGCGAUUGAGAAGUUUGCCGGGAAGCAGUUUGGACGGGCGUUGAAGAGGUGGUUGCUGUUGCUUGGGGGAGCUGGUUUACUUGCGUACGGGGUGUCUUGGGUGAUGAGGUAG